CCGUGUUAAAAAUACACAAUUAUUAAGACAAAAAGUACUGGCCAAAGUUGUGGGAGCAUUUUACAUUGUUUGGAACAAAUCAAUACAACAUACAUGCAUAUGCAGGUAGUGUUUCCAGGCAUUUAGCAUAAAAGUGGAUGUAUUAGUGAGGCGGGCCCGUGGUGAAGUGAGAGUGAGACGAUACAGAUAAUCCUCUUAAAGCCUGCAGGUAUUAGGUUUUAUGCUGAUCCAUUGUGAAGACGUGUCCUGCGUCCUACAUAAACCGUUGGCCAUCUCGCUUGUGUUGGGCCGCUCAGCUAGGCUUUGGCUGUCAUUGUGAUACAUUGCUGCAUUGCCUGACGCUGCAAGGUUUUGGGUGAUCCACCGAUGUGAACUGAAACAUGCCAAAGUGGUUUGGGAUCCUGUCACUCCCAGUCAUUUGGGGAGAGAGCUGGACUGUCCCACUGUCACUUAAUACAUCUUAAUCUACCACAGCCGGCAGCAUCUCUGCUUUUUGGAGGAACAUGUAUUGCCUGAGAAGGAAGCGGCUGCAGUUGAGGCGAGUCUUAUUCCUCCUCACUGGCAUCUUCAUCUGCAUUCUGUACCAGUUGACCAUCAGUGCCAGACGCUACGAGACUUUGCCUUUGCCUCAGUUUAGAGAUGCUUUCACUGAGGGUUCGGCCGGUUGGGUCGAGGAUGUUAUGGCCGAGAGCAGAAUCAAAUCGGAGCCGAGAAAUCAAACGACACCAGAGCCUGACACUGUGACCUCAUCAACUAACACAACCGAUGAAGCGAAAACACCAGCGGUCGCCACCACCAAUAGAACUAUUGUCCACUGCAUCUAUGUGCCCCCUGAUCCUAAGGAGGAGGCCCCCAUCACUCCACCGUCUCCUACUGAUGCUCCUCACAUGAAGGGAGAGUACCCUGAAGAUCUUUUUUCAGUGGAAGAGCGCAGACAAGGCUGGGUUGUCCUCCACAUCAUCGGCAUGAUGUACAUGUUUGUGUCGCUCGCUAUCGUGUGUGAUGAGUUCUUCGUGCCUGCACUGGGGGUCAUCAUAGACAAGCUAGCCAUCUCCGAUGAUGUAGCAGGAGCUACUUUCAUGGCGGCGGGUGGCUCCGCCCCUGAGCUCUUCACUUCUUUGAUUGGUGUUUUCAUCGCCCACAGCAAUGUGGGCAUAGGCACUAUUGUUGGCUCAGCGGUUUUCAACAUUCUGUUUGUGAUCGGGAUGUGCGCUUUGUUUUCCCGGGAGGUUCUUCAUCUCACAUGGUGGCCCCUUUUCAGAGAUGUAUCAUUCUACAUACUGGACCUCAUCCUGCUCAUCAUCUUCUUCCUGGAUAAUGUCAUCAUGUGGUGGGAGAGUAUGACGCUCGUGGCCAGUUACACCUUGUAUGUCAUCUUUAUGAAGUUUAACAGCCAAAUAGAACACACUUUCAAGAAUCAGCUUCAAAAACACAAGAACAUUGUCCGAGUUAUUACCGAUGAGGACCCUGAGGCGACUGGGGACGAUGACAAAAAUGCCCCUCCAGCUCCAGAAGACAAGAAUCGGUUGAAGUUGAAGCCAUCUCUUCAGCGUGGUGGAAGUUCAGCGUCUCUGCACAACAGCACCAUGAGAAACACCAUCUUCCAACUUAUGAUCCACACGUUAGACCCCCUGGGAGAAGGGAAAUUCAAGGACAAAGCAGAGAGUCUGAAUAAUGUUGUAAGACGGAAGACUGACGGCAACAUUUCUUCAAAAAGCGAAGAUGAAGAUGACGAUGACGAGGAGGAGCAGGCCAGUGAGGCUGAAACUUCUCCUGCUGCAGAAUCCGAGAAGACGGAGCCACCAAAAGACAAGAAGGUACUCCCCAAGCAUGUGUUGGUGCCUAUCAAAAAGCCCAGAAGUCAAUCUUUGAUACCUUUAUAUGAGGACGAGCCUGCAGGAGGCGACGGGUCUGAUAGUGGCGAGGAGGACAGCGAUGAAGACAGUGAUGAUUCCAGUGAAGAUGAGAGGGAUGAGAAUGAGGAAGAACCUCUGUCGCUAGAGUGGCCUGACACCCCACGGAAACAAAUCACUUUUCUCCUCCUGCUGCCCAUCGUCUUCCCUUUGUGGCUCACUGUUCCCGAUGUCCGCAAACAGAGUUCCAGAAAGUUUUUUGUGGUCACUUUCUUGGGCUCCAUUCUGUGGAUAGCAAUCUUCUCCUACCUCAUGGUGUGGUGGGCCCAUCAGGUGGGUGAGACCAUCGGCAUCUCUGAGGAGAUUAUGGGCUUGACUAUCCUGGCUGCAGGAACGUCCAUCCCUGACCUCAUCACCAGUGUGAUUGUGGCCCGUAAAGGCCUUGGUGACAUGGCCGUGUCCAGCUCUGUGGGCAGUAACAUCUUUGACAUUACUGUAGGUCUUCCAGUGCCGUGGCUCCUCUACUCGUCUUUCCACGGAUUGGUUCCUGUGGCUGUCACCAGCAAUGGCCUCUUCUGCGCCAUUGUGCUGCUUUUCCUCAUGCUCCUCUUUGUCAUCAUCUCCAUUGCGUCGUGCAAAUGGAAGAUGAACAAGGCUCUGGGUUUCACCAUGUUCCUGCUCUACUUCAUCUUCCUGGUGCUGAGUGUCAUGCUGGAGGACCGCAUCAUUAUCUGUCCUGUUUCCAUCUGAGAGUGACAUCACACCCACACAUAUUUUUAGAGUCUGUUCAGAAUGCUGCUGUAGCCUCUAGUCAUGUUAUUACAACGGUCUGCAUUGUCAUAUUUUGGUGCUAGUAGCUGCUUUUUUUGGGGAUUGUACAAAAAUAAUUUUUGCAAUAUAAGGAUGAAUUGAUUGUUAUUUUGUGCAGGAAAUGAAACCUACUGAAUAUGCACACCAUAGAACAAUUGUGCAAACAACAUAUCCAUUUAUUUUUUUUAUAUAGUUUCAUACAAAUUAGUGUCCAUCUUAGCAAAUGAUAAAUCACAAACAUAGUCACAACUGACAACAGGAUGAAGGAUGUUUUGGUCACAAGUAUUUUUUUUUGUACAUACAGUCAAAGGCUAAUGUACAUGCUAUGAAACAAUGCUUAUUCCAAGCAAGCACACAACUUUGUUCCUUGGUUUGAUCACCUUUGGAUAUGAUUUGAAGUCAGGGCAGGGCAGAGCUGUUUAGUUUCAAACCUGAAACCUUGCACAAAAAUUGGGAUUUUGUGCAAGCAAACCUGCUUUACCGUCAUUUUUCAAGUCAAGUUUACUUACCCAGUAGUGUUACGACAUCAACAGAAUAGUUACAAUAGAACCAAGUGAAUAUAGCUAUAGUUUGACUUAGUUGAUUAUGACUGUACUGUACGGAGGAACUACUGUAUAUCAUUGGUGGUCCCUUAUAACACGUUGUUACAUAAUAAAUCUCACUUUAAAAAGGGUAUUGCUUUAAAAACUGUAAAUAAAUCACAUUAUAAUCUCCCUUGUGGGUUCUUUUGGUACAUUAUAGAAAAAAGUCAUACAUUAAUAAACA